AAUUGAUUGAUUUGAGUCUGAUCAUAAUUAAAAUUGUUGUACAAGUUUAGCUUUGACAAUUGAAUUGAAAAUGAAGUUAUUAUUUUGUUUGUUGGUUGUUUGUUUAGCUUUUGAUCAACUAAAUUGUCUUGAAUUUAGUGAAGUCGUUGAAUUGCCCCAGGGUAAAAUUCGUGGUGCGAUUGAACAAUGGAGAGGCCGAUCAAGUUACGAAUUUAAAGGUAUCCCCUUCGCCGCACCUCCGGUCGAUUCUCUUCGAUAUUCUAUGCCCGUUCAUCCUAAAUCAUGGGAAGGAAUUAAAGACACAGUCGCUUAUGGAAAAUCUUGUCCACAAUCUGCAUGGGCGAUUAAGGCUGAAGACACGGAUGAAGAUUGUCUUUACAUGAACAUCUAUGUUAACAAGGAAACUUUUGACAAACGAACUACUCAAUUGAAACCAGUUCUCUUUUGGAUCCAUGGUGGUGGUUUUCAGGGUGGAAGUGGUAAUGAACAUGAUGCUUACAAGGGAGUUCCUUUAGUGAUUCUCGAAGAUGUUAUUCUAGUCACUUUUAACUAUCGAUUGGGAGUCUUAGGAUUCUUAAAUGGUGGAGAUUUGAUUCCUAACCUUACUCCGAAUCUCGGUCUUUGGGAUCAACAUUUUGCUCUUAAAUGGACACGAGAUAAUAUUCAUCGUUUCGGUGGUGACCCUUAUCAAAUCACAAUCUUUGGACAAUCGGCUGGUUCGGCUGCUGUUUCCUAUCAUAUUCUUUCACCACAAAAUAAGGGACUAUUCAAAGGAGCCAUCAUGGAAUCGGGAGGGAUCAUGAAGUUCAUGCCAAAAGAAAACCUUACUGAUGUUACAACGGAUAUUGUUGAGGCGGUUGAAUGCUCGAAUGCUACUGAUAAACUAUCUUGUCUUCGAUCGAUCCCAUGGAAUAAUCUUUUGAGUAACGUCCCUAGAGCUUUUCUAGCUCCAAUUUUCGGUGAUGAAUUUCUUCCAAUCGAAGACGAUGAAGCGAUCGCAACUGGACAGUUCAAUGAUGUCAAUUUGUUGGUUGGAGCAGAAAGAGAUGAAGGUGAUAGUCUAGUUUGUGGCACUUACAAGUUUGCCGUUCUCAAAGCCACUAAUUCAACCAAAUCAACUUACGGUUACAUCCAUACCCAGGCCCCUAUUAGGCCAUUCGGCAGCACACCAAUUCCUAAUUGUGGCAGAAAAAUGGACAAAGUUUGUCACUGCGAUGAACUAGUUUACGUCUUCGGAGCUCCUCUUCGAGAUCCUACUGAUUACGAUGCCGAUGAUAUCGAACUGAGUAUUAACAUCAUGAAAAUUUGGGCUGAUUUCGCACGAAAUGGUGUACCAACUAAACAAGGGCCAAUCGAUUGGCCUCAAAUCGGUGGACCUAAAAUGGUUAAUCUGAUUGAGUUAAACAACAAGUUCGUCGGUAAAAUUGAUAAUUUAACUGGAACAAAAUGUUUAUCAUCAUAAUUAACUAAUGCCAAGUAAUCAACACACUUAUGUUGUAUCUUUGCUAUUAAAUAAAAAUAUCAACAAUUAAAUUAGUUAAUCAUGAAAAUUGAUCAAUAAAUGUAGUAUUAGUUGAAUCAACAAUA